CUCUCUUCUUCUCCAUGCCCAACAAGCAAGCAACUAAGUUUCUUUGGCAUGUAAAUGUUUUCUUGUAAGAAAGUUUCUUUUUCUUUUCACUCCUUCGACAGCAAUGAUGUUUUUCUGUUAGGGGCGAUGUGAAGUGUUGAGGAAUCUGAGGAGUGUGUUGUUGCUGUGAAUGUAGAAAAGUAGCUAUAAUAGCCUCAGAAAAAAAAAAAAACAAAAACCAUUCUUUAAAGUUAAGAAGGACUAGCACGAAUAGAAUCAUGAGUGCACGAGUGUUUUCAUUGAUGGGUUUUUAGAAGAAACAACUUCUUAGCCAACCUUUAAUAUUAACCGUUUCUUCUUCUUCUUCUUCUUCUUUUCUUCUCCCCUUUCACCCUCUCAUUGUCUUUGGAUUUUGUGUUUUGUUCUUUUUCUGGUUUUGUAUUUCGGAUUUUUGGCUUCUUGCUUCUGUUGGGAAAUUCCUGCAUUUGAUUUUCCUUCAAUGUCUCAACAAAAGCAAGCUCAGAUGGUAGGUGGUAACAACCAGGAGCAAUACAAUGACACAACUUUUACCAAAAUCUUUGUUGGAGGGUUGGCUUGGGAGACUCAGAGGGACACAAUGAGAAGGUAUUUUGAGCAAUUUGGAGAGAUCUUGGAGGCUGUUGUGAUCACUGAUAAGAACACUGGGAGAUCCAAGGGUUAUGGCUUUGUCACAUUUAAGGAUCCUGAAGCAGCCAUGAGAGCAUGUCAGAACCCAUCUCCAGUUAUUGAUGGAAGAAGGGCUAACUGCAAUCUUGCUUCUCUUGGUGCAAACAAGAACCGACCACCAACUUUUCAGCAUGGUCCCUUUCCUUACAUUGUUCUUCCUUUUUUUCUCAUGCUUUACCAUUUUUUUCAUAAAGUGCAGGACGGUUCAGGCCUCCACCUACUUCUUAUCAUGGUUCUUCAUCUACUGCUACAUUUUCCCAUCAACCUCCUAGGCAAUACACAUUUCCUUAUUCAGCUUACGGAUAUUCUGGAUAUUCACAAGACACAUUGUAUCCUAUGGUGUAAACUCUUGCAGAACUACUAUAAUGUCUAUGGAGUUCAACAAUUUUCAGCUUACUACCCUUCUGCUGGAGCUUCUGGUGCAGUAGGGUUGAUCCAUAAUAUUUAUCCCUAUUAUGGUCAAUAUGCACAGAGUAUUCAGGCUCAAGGUUUUGGGGUUCAAUACCCUCAAAUGCCACAGUUUCCAUUUUUGCCUCACCCUUAUGGCUCCACUGGGAUAUUGUCUUAUCCUUCUUCAGUAUCAGUGCCAACUACUACUGCAGUUUCAGUAACAGGAACUGCUACCACAACUAUAACACCAACAACAUCAACAGGUAUGACAGCAACAGUGGCUGGUAGUUCACAAGCUUCACAAACAGCUUCUGAACAAAAUUCUACAUCUUCAAAGAUGCAGAACAUGCAAGGCUAAGCUAACAACAUCAUCAAAAAGCUGAAUUCAAAUUCAAAAUACAAGACAUUUGUUAGAUAAAGCUUGUGCUCCUAACCGACCUUAACCAUUUCUCAAUUUUCAUUAUGACAGAACUCAGAAGUCAUCAUCAUCAUCACACAUGUUUGUUUUAGGAAAAUAGGCUUUGUUUUAAUUUUUUUUAAGUAGGUUGUAGGAGUAGGGGAAGAUCAUAUUCAUUCAUGUAUUGAGCAUUGGGUAGAAUCUAACUAUUUGAGCUUUGGAUUCUACCUUUUAGAGUAAUUCAACCAAAGUUAUUAUUAUUACUGUUAUGUCUUGGGUGAUGGGAGCAUCCAAUGACAUAGUCCUUUGUUUAUAUUGCAGCAAAUGGUUUCAAAAGAUCAUUUUAUAUCUUUUUGAAGCCUUUGAUUGGGUGGUCAAAUAGGAAGACUGCACUGCAUUGAGCUUGGAAGGCUCAAUAAGCUACCAUGUAUUUUGUUUUUCUUGUCAUUCAUGAUUGUUUUUUAGUUUUUUCUUCAAAAUAGGAUUAGUCCAAAAGAAACACACAGCGUCUAUUGUUUC